UAAAAUGCCAAAAUGUAAGGCUUUUACUCUGAACUCGAACCCGCCAAUCGCAGCGUCUCCAGCAGGGGCCGCUCGCCCUUAAAAGUUGCAUCUCACCUGCACACCUGACACAAAACCUCCCAGUACGUGGCCCGCAUCGACAGCCCCCCGACAUCGAGGAAAUUCUUCCUGUAGAGUAAGAAACAUGUUCGCCUGCACGGAGAUGAUCACCAUGUGUCUGCAGUCGGCCAAGCGCAAACAUGUUCGGGCUCAACAGCUGCAGCAGCAGAAUCAGCAGCACAGCAGCGGACGAGGUCUCAGCAUCCUUCACGAUAUUUUCCGUCGAGCCGACAAAAAUGACGACGGCAAGCUGUCAUUUGAAGAGUUCAACGCUUACUUUGCUGAUGGCGUUCUGACAACGGCCCAGCUGCAGGAGCUUUUCGACUCCAUCGACGGCCGGCAGAACAACAAUCUGGAGACUGACAAGCUAUCAGAUUAUUUUUCUCAGCACAUCGGGGAGUACCUGAAUGUCCUGUCAGCUCUGGAGAAGCUCAACGUGGCCAUUUUAAAGGCCAUGUAUAAAACUAAAGCGGAAUACCAGAACUCCAGCGUUCUGGGCCAGUUUGUGACCCGCUUCCUGCUGCGAGAGACGUCCACACAGCUGCUGUCGCUGCAGAGGUCGCUGCAAUGUGCCAUGGAGGCUGUGGAUGAGGAAAGCGCCCCCAGUUUAGGAGAGGUGGAGAUGAGGGGCCAAAGCUGUGGUCACCUGGUCCCAAACGCCCUGCCGAGCAACGUCCCCCCAUACUCCCAAAACACGGAUGAGGAAGCCGAGUGGAACUCUCAGAUUGGCCGGCUCCAGCUGCUGCUGGAUAAACUGGAGUGUCAGAAUCCAAAGUUGGAGCCUCUGAAGGGGGACACGACCACGUCUACAGCCAACAUUCUGCUGGUCCAGAGGAAAAUGGCAGUGAACAAAAGUGAUCUUGACAACUUUCGCAAAGUUCUCAAGAGCUACGUCGAUGCCACGUCGGCCCACCCGGACAACCUACACGUGUCCGUUCCAAAGGUUCCGGAAAAGUCCUCUUAUGUCAUUUAUGAGUUCUGGCGAGACCGCCUCUCCUGGAUGAGCUACCUGCAGUCCAGCAGCAGCAAAGCCUUCCAGCGCUGCGUCAUCAACAUGCUGGAGGACACUGAGAUUGUGUCUACAAUGUUGCUUCCAGCUUCCUGGUGGAUUAUGACUAACAACUGAGUGUCACAUCCGCUGCCUACAACGCUGUCAUACGGGAGCUAGAGCAUCAAAACCCAUUCACGCACAUGGCCACAC